AUGGAAUGGAAGAGGAAAGGAGGAGAGAAAUGGAAGGAAAGGUGGAUGGAAGGAGAGGGAAUGAAGGAGAGGAGAAGGAAAGGAGGAAAGGAAGGAAUGGAAGGAGGAUGGAAGGAAGAUGGACGAGGAGAAGGAAGAGAUGGAGACGAGAAGGAAGGAAGGAAAUGGAAUGGAGGAUGGAUGGAAGGAGAGGAUGGAAAGGAUGGAAAAAGGAAGUGGAGGAAAGGAAUGGACAAGGAGGAGGAAGAGGAAGGAUGGAUGGAAGGAAGAAGACAAAGACAGGGAAGGAGAUGGAAAGGGAAGGAGGAUGGAAGGAAGAGGAUGGACAUGGAAGGAAAGGAUGGAAGGAAGGAAGGAAAGGAGGAAGGAAAGGACCAGAAAGGAGAGAGGAAGGAUGGAAAGAGAAGGAAGGAAGAUGGAAAGGAAAAGAUGGAAGAAGGAAGGAAGGAAAGAAAUGGAAGGAAGGAUGGAAGAUGGGAGGAUGGAAGAUGGAAGGAUGGAGGAAAGGAAAGGAAGAGGGAGGAAGGAAAAUGGAGGAAGAAGGAAAGGAUGGAUGAAGGAAGGAAAUGGAGGAAAGGAGGAGAGAAGGAAGGAAGAGAGGGAUGGAAGGAAGGAAGGAUGGAGUGGAAGGAGAAAGGAUGGAAGAGAAUGGAAGGAUGA